AUGAAAUUUGCAUUUUGCCAGGCUGAGAGGAAAGCCUCACAAGAGGAGCCAAUAAAGUCGAGCUUCGAGGGUGAACUUUGGGAAUAUGAAGUCGUCGAGUUCUUCUUCGCCAACAAUCGUGAUCAGUACAUAGAAGUUGAAGUUGGGCCACAUGGGCACUGGCUAUGUCUUUUGUUCGAUGGCAUCCGGAAACCAUUCAACAACGGAGAAGAGCUCGAACUCGAGAUCAGCAACAAGUUCGUUGGAAGUAUGUGGCAUUGUGAAUUCGAAAUACCGCUAGCAUAUUUACCUGGAAACAUAACAAAAUUCAAUUCAUUUGCGAUCCACGGCACUGGAAACGAACGGGUUUAUGAAGCAUUAAAUCCUGUGACCGAUGGUAACUUCAAGGUUAGUCAAUUUCAGUUUAGCUACAGUUCCCAUUUUGCCGUUGUAAGAAACUGGUGCUGUUAUUCGUUCCGGGAUAUAGUUAUUUAA